UUUUUUCACUUCAUCAUAACGAGUGGCCGGAAACAGUUUGGAAAAUUUAAUAGGUCUACUAGCAAAGGGUUUUUUCGUGGGAUACAAUCGAGAACUGUAGGCCUUGCUGGGCCCCUUAAACUUGAAUCAUAACAGAUUUUAAAGUCCAAGCUGUGUUUUCAUCUUGCUGAUAAAACAAGAGAACGAUCGUUAUGCAGAACCUAGCGCCAGCACCCAUAUUUAAUCAAAGAAAGAGGCAGAGACAGGCAAUAUUUGCAGAUAUCAACCCGGGACAACCUGCCACCAAUCCUUGUAACACCACAUCGUCUAAAACAAGUUUGAUGCCCGUUGGUGGAUAUUCGGGUGUAAGAGGUGGUGGCUCCAGUUCUUCAAGAGGUGGACUAAACAAAUCUAACAGAGGGCACUUUACGACUGGCAAAAAUUAUAACCAGACAGAAAAUUCAACUAGUUUUAAUCAACCGAGCAGUAUAUGUGACGGUUUCAAUCAAACACUAUAUGUUAAAAGUGAAAAGUUUAACAAAUCACAACAAAUUCAAAGCCAACAGGGUCAUUUCAAUCAGUUUAAAAAUGGAAACAGCAAUGUCUGUAAUAGAAGUAUUCAAGGCAACGGUAACCAACCAAACAGCGUUAAUAUCAAUCAAUCAAGUAAUAACAGCAGAGACGGUUUCUACCAAACACAAAGUAACACCAGAGGAGGCUUUAAACAGUCAAGCAUUACACAUAAUAACAGAGGCGACUUCAAUCAAGUUAACAAUAAUUUCAACAGGGCAAACUUUAACAGUAACCCGGGAAGCAACGUCUUCCACCCAAUUAGUUCUAAUAAUAGAGGAAACAUUAUCCAAUCAAACAGCAGUGGAUUAGGAAGCGGAGAUGAAUUUAAGCAAUCAUGUUUUGGGUCCAAUUUCGGAAACAGUUACGAAUAUAGUGACUUUUAUUCUCCUUCACGUGACAAAUACAAGAAAACAGAGGUUAUUUCCAAUCAAGCAAUAAAUCAGUAUCAACAGAAUAACCGUUUUGGUAAUUUCCAUGGAAAUCAAGGCGUCACUAAAGUGAACAACUUUGAUGGCAGAUUCCAAAAGGCACCCGAUUUUGGUCACCAGAAUACGCCAUCACGCGGUAAAACACUCUCGUCGUCAGGAAAUAUAUACAGUACUGGUAGUGGUCCUAACCCAUUAAAUUGGGGAACCCAGGUAGUUAAACAACCUCAAACAUCUAUGUUUGAUAACAGUAGCCAGUAUCAGUCGACAACACAGAAUUAUGGGUAUUAUCCGAUGUCAUUUAAUCAGUCACUUAAUGGUAAAUCUCUAAAUACAAGUAUAAAUACACAAGAACAACCUAAACAUAAUGAGAUCGACAAGAGUUUGAAAUUAAUCACAACUGAUAUUGAAGGCGUUAAACGAUGGGGUCAAGUCAAAACCAAUUUCAUUUUAUUGUUUGAAAUAUUUGGAAUGGUUGACUCUGCUGUUUUGAUGAAUGCUCCAGGUACGGGGAAAGAGUUUAUUCUCAAUGAUGGAUCAGCAUCUAUACAGUGUCUCUUCUACGAAAUAGACAGAGAAUUACAAAGAUUAGUUAGAGGACAAUGGCACAGGUGUGUUGGAAGCCUACAGAUGAGAUCUGGUAAAAUGAAAUGUGUUGCUAUACGACCAGCGUCUGCUGAAGAAAGAAAGACAGCGAAGAUAACAGCCGCUGUAUCAGAACGAUGGUUACAACACUUUACUAAAAGCUUUAACGAACAAUAAUUACUUGUAAUUUUGUUGUAUUAAUAAUGUAAGAUUUAGAUAAACAGCUGGUCUUCUUGCUAUAAUAGUUCAAAAAUAGAUAAUGACAAAUGAAUAUAUUGAAAAUCUCUUUCAAAUUACUUUAU